AUGCCGCGAGAUCUCAACCUAAGCUCGAGUCCUGUCGUUGCAAGUCCUGAGUCAAAGACCCCUCGGCCAGAGGACAACGAGGAGACGGCAUUAAGGGACGAUAACUUUAAGGAAUUCACCAUACACCGAGAUGAGAGGCAUCUGAGCAUGCAACUACUACGAGAAGGCCGUGCAAAGGCCGACGGGAGAAAUGAACUCCAUCCAUAUGUGCAGACUCUGAGUUUCUCGAAUCUGGAAAGCUGCAUCGCACUAGAAGAUGCAAUCUUUCCUCCACAAGAGCGCUGUACAAGAGAUAAGUUCGAAUACCGUCUCAGUGUCGCGCCCGAGCUGGCUCUUGGUCUUUUCUCCACUAUGACUAGCGAUCAAGAUCUGUCCUCCGUUCCCACCUACGAACAUGCCCGUCCGGCUUAUUCCGCACAGGCCUCACGCAAACAGACGCUCGUUGGAAUGGUGAUUGCGACCAAGACCUCUGCUCCUGGGGUCACAGAUGCCUCCAUGGAGCGCCCAGACGGGCCGAUAGAUGGGAGGGGUCAUCACGAAGCCGGAAGAACAAUUUGCAUACAUUCAUUUGGAAUCUUACCAGCUUUUCAAGGACGGGGUUUGGGGAAGGUCUUAUUCAAGAGCUACCUGUCAAGGAUGGAAAGCAGCGGGAUCGCAGAUAGGAUUGCUCUGAUAUCGCAUGAACAAUUGACGGGCAUGUAUACCAAUCUUGGCUUUAUGAAUAAGGGCAAGAGCGAUGUCAAGUUUGGCGGCGGGGGCUGGACUGAUCUGGUGAGGAUGCUCCUUCGAAGUUGGAUUCGUAGCCAGGAUUUGGCACUAACGAGGACCUUUAGACCUACGAAUUUAACGACCACAUAUCAGGAUUUGGCUUUUAAGGAUGAUGGAAUGAUCAGUGACGGCCACAGAUCAUAUAUGUACUAG